GUUCCCAUGUGCCUCUGGUUUUUCGAAAAUACAAAAAAGUUUGAAAUGUGGAAAAAACUGUCAUUUAUCUUCAACAGAAACAACCCCUUCCAGAGGAGGUGUUUGUUCUGUGUUCAAUUUGGUUAUGGUCAGCAGCUCCGAGUGAAUAAUUCAAAAAUCAUAACCCUACAAACAAAAAAAUGGUUAAGUUUAUUAUCUAACUACAGAUUUUCAAAAUUGGUCAAGUCAAGUAAGUUACAAAAAUCUCAACCGUUUAACACGAAUUCAACCAGUGCGUUGAUUUCCCAUGAGAGAAAUGGCAAUUCGUCUCUUGUCCGCUUUUUAAGGAACGAAAGAACGGCAAACUUCGUAAUGGAAUCUUCGGAGACUCAGAAACACAAUAAUUCUGACUCUGAGGCCUACAAAAAGAACUUGUUUAAACGAAGACCACCAACGGCAGUUUUGAAAAAAUCCUCUGUGAAGUUGCGUCUACCAGCAGUAAAGAAGACUUGUGCGAAAUUAAGCCAAUCGAGACAAUAUUCAACGAGCGUUGAUAAGGAUGUGUCUGAGAAGCCUGCGACGACUGAUAGAAUCAACACUUCUCCCAAAAAUGUUCUUAACAAUAUUUUCGCCGUUGUUGCCCAACAUUUCAACAACAGAGACCUCAAACUACAACCAAGUUACAACAUAAUUAAAGAAAAAAAUAGGAUCAUUUCUUGGUGUUGCACUUACAACACCAAGUGGCCGGAACCAAUGAAAUUCGUCUCAACUGGCCAAACUAAACAAGAAGCGUCUCACAAAGCCGCCCUUGCUGCCUUACUUUGGCUGAGAAAGUUGGAAAAAAUCACCCCAGAUGGACAUCCUAUCAUAAUGGACAAACAUGAAGUGUUGGAUAUCAACAGACGGUCACUUCCUACUGUUACUUUAGACCAGAACACAACAAAUAACCUGAAAAAUGUAUCAGAGAUUUACUCAAACGAAUUUGUGCCACUUUUACAACAAAAUAUCGACAAGAAGACCAGACCUGCCCUCGAAAUGAAUGAGAUUAAUAGUUUGAGUGAUGUCAAUGGGAAUUUGAGACAGAAAGUGUUUUCAGUUUCGAAAUAUUUGGCCAAGGAGAAAGUGAAUUUACCGAUUUCUGAAUACAAGAAGCAAUUCAUAAAUUUACUGAAAGAAAAUCAAAUUAUUAUUGUGAAAGGAGAACCGGGAUGUGGGAAAAGUACCCGAAUUCCUCAAUAUGUCCUGGAAUCGUGGGCUUCAGAUGGUUUGGGUAAGGGAGAACCUUGUCGGAUUGCAGUCACACAACCUAGGCGAAUUGCUGCGAUUUCAUUGGCUGAUCGAGUUUCAGACGAGAGGAAUGAAAGGUGCGGUCAAAUAGUCGGUUAUCAAAUCCGUCUCAAGUCCAAUUUCAACCCAAACACCGGUCGAAUUCUCUACUGCACGACCGGAAUCCUCCUCAAACAUCUUCAAUCCGACGUGAAUUUGAGUAACUUCACUCACGUCAUUUUAGACGAAGCCCAUGAACGUGAUGUCAACACAGAUCUGCUACUGAAUUUACUAAGAAAUGCAAUAACAAAAAAUCCAAAACUCAAACUGAUCGUCAUGAGUGCCACCGUCGAUAUCGAUCUAUUCAAAAACUACCUAAACGACGCUCCCACGAUGCACAUUCCGGGAUUUACAUACCCGGUGAAAUCGCAUUUCCUCGACGACAUUAAUCUAGAUCUGAGUAAAACUCGCAAAAUGUGCGAAAACAACGAAUCACCGAAUGUCAUGCACGAGGACGUGGUCAAAGUCAUUAAUUAUGUCCAUAAUACGAAGAAGGAAGGGGCGAUUUUGUGUUUCUUGCCCGGUUGGGAGGACAUCGUCAAAGUCGAGAAAUCGAUUCCGGCGAGGGGCGAUUUGGCCGUGUUGUGUCUCCAUUCAAGGUUGCAGGACUCCGACCAGAGGAGGAUUUUUUCACGCACUCCACCUGGUGUCAGGAAAGUGAUUCUCUCGACGAACAUUGCAGAGACUUCGGUCACGAUUGACGAUGUGGUUUAUGUUGUCGACACGGGGAUUCACAAGGAGAAUCGAUUUGAUAAUGAGAAAGGUGUCACGUGUAUUGAUAAUUAUUGGAUAUCGCAAUCAAGCAUGACCCAACGAAGGGGGCGCGCUGGCCGAGUCCAGCCGGGCGAAAGCUUCCACUUGUACACAAAAUCAAAAUACGAUUCGUUUUCCCCAUUCACCGAUCCCGAAAUCUUGAAAACUUCACUCACAAAAAUCGUGUUGAAUUCGAAAGUUUAUAGUAAUAAUAUGGAGGCGUUAGAGUUUAUGAGUCAGUUACCCAGUCCUCCUGACAAAAACACCACGCGAAGAGCUGUGAGGGAGUUGAAGGAUUUGCAGUUGUUGGACGAAAACGAGAAUUUAACGUCGUUGGGGAGAGUUUUAGCCAAUUUUCAAUUAGARCCGAAAUUAGCCAAAGUUUUAGUCAAUGCUGUGGUUUUUAAAUGUGUGACACCGGUUGUGGAUAUAGUCACGAUUUUUUCCUCAAAUACCGAAUUGUUUAGUACUAGUCUUGUGGAUAAAGACAGUAUUAAACAAAUUAAAACGAAAGGGAGCAAACAUAGUGACCAUUUAGCCAUGAUGAGACUUUUUGAAGCCUGGCUUGAGCUGAUGGAAGAGCGUGAUGUAAGGGCAGCCGAACAAUAUUGUUACGAUGCUAAAUUAGUUCAUCAUAAACUUGUCACCUUAAAUAAAUUAAGAGAUAUCCAUUUCGAUUAUUUACACAAUGGGCUACAUGAUACUUUACCAAUUGCUGAUAAUUACUCUGAUAAUGAUGAGUUAGUCAAAGCUAUUUUAUUCUCGGGCGUUGGGACGGUAUUGAGGCAUCGAAAUUUUGAUAUUGUUAAAGGGCGCUGUAAAAAGUCGAAUGUUUUUUUGACUAAUUACAAUCACAAAGCCUCAAUCACUUCAGAAAGUGUCAAUUUUAAAAAGACUUCAUUUCCGUCAAAUUUCUUAGUUUACUUUAACGAAAUUCGAUCAAAUAUUAGAAGAACUACUUUAGUUAGAGAAUGCAGUGUUAUUGCUCCAAUAGCCGUUCUGCUUUUCUCCGAUAAACCUCUCGUUACCAAAGAAGUUGAAACUGAUGAUAAGGUCCUUUUAAGUCUCAAAGAUACCAAAAUAGAGAUGCUAUGUUCUAAAGAGGAAGCUGAACACAUCAUAAAGUGCAAAGAAGCGAUUGAUUCAGCUUAUUCCUAUUUUAUUUUUCAAAUGACUGAGGGUGGCGAGUGCAAUUCACGAAUAAACGCCAUUUGGGACAAAAUUCUCAAUCACAUUAAUUUAAUUUUGCAGAAACACAGUAUUAAAUAAAAAUCUAGUUUUGUUGUCACUUGUUAAUUUUUGUACAUCAAUAGAAGUUUGAGUUA